AUGGGAGUUGAGGAACAGAAUGGUGGGGAGGAGAUGCCAUGGGGGGACAGUACCUCUUUUGUGGAGCUUACCACUGAUGCAGAUGCUGAUCAGAAAACUCUUGUAUUAGUUGCAGAGAGAACAAAGAGAAAAGACCCUCUCAGUCACUUCAAACAAUACACAGGAGGAUGGAAUAUCAGUAACAAGCAUUACUGGGCUUCUGUUGGUUUUACUGCUUUCCCCAUGUUUCUCAUCGCCGGUAUCUGGUACGUGGUAUUUGGGGUGUUCUUAUUGGUCAUCUUCUUCUGCUAUUGCUGUUGUCCAAGGCCCCUUCAUGGUUAUUCUCGAGCCUGUUACGCUGUCACUCUUGUUUUCCUAGUAAUCAUCACCAUUGCAGCAAUGCUUGGAGGUGCUGCUUUAUAUACUAGCCAGUUUGAGUUCAACCGUACCAUAGGAAGAACAUUAGCAUAUGUUGUCCACCAGGCAGAAAGCGCAACUGAAACCCUCCGGAAUGUAUCUAAUUAUUUUGAUGCAGCUAAGCAAAUUCGAGUAGAAAAUAAGUUACUGCCUCCAGGCGUCCAAAACUCCAUCACCCAGCUCCAAAAGCAGAUCAAUGAUACAGCUAACCAGCUUGCCACCAAAACAUCAGAUAAUUUGGACGGCAUACGACACGUCGUGAACGCUGUGCGACUCACAGUCAUAAUAGUCACUGCGGCGAUGCUUGCUUUGUCCCUCCUUGGAUUCUGUAAGCCCACUGAGCCGCACAUAUUUUACAGUGUUUUCAAUUUCUGGCGUGCAGUGUCUUGUGUUCAUGUGAGUAAGAGAUCGAUGUCGGAGAACUCUUUCCCUCAUUCAUCCAUUCUGAUCACCUUGAUUCUCACUACAAAUGUGUAUGUUUUUGUUCUAAUGGAAAGUGUGGCUGGAGAUACUUGUCUUGCAAUGGACGAAUGGGUCCAAAACCCCAUUGCUCAUACAGCUUUGGAUGAUAUACUUCCCUGUGUCGAUGCCGAAACCGCUCAAGAUUCACUGUCAAAAGCCAAGGACGUCACUUAUCAGGUUCUCAGCAUCGUCAACCUCGCCGUUGACGUAUCAAACGCUGAUCCUGGUGCCGGUCCUUUGGUUCCACUCCUCUGCAACCCCUUCUUUGCUUCUGUGGGUCAAGCAUGUCCUCCCGACGCAGUCGACUUGAAAGACGCAACACAGGUAUGGAAGAAGUACGUAUGUGAGGAUUCGAAAAAUGAUGAGUGUGUGUCGAAAGGCCGUCUCUCCCCUUCCUUGUACAGUGCUAUGACAAUGGCGGUGAAUGUGAGCUAUGGGUUUUAUUAUUACAGUCCCUUUCUGGUUGAUUUAGCGGACUGUGAUUUUGUGAGGCAAAGCUUCGUUACCAUAUCCAAGGAUCAUUGUCCAGGUCUGCAGUCACAGAGUAAAUGGAUGUACAUUGGAUUGGUAGUGGUUUCUGCUGCAGUGAUGAUCUCUUCGAUAUUCUGGAUAGCUCAUGGGAGAGAGCAGAAACACCGGUAUUAUACCAAGCUGGGACUGUCCAAGACUUUUUGA